ACAACUACUACUCAUCAACUUAUCUGAUCACACUCUUUGAAACUUAUCUGAUCACACUCUUUGAGUGGCUUUUCGACUGCUCUAAUGGCUACAAAGCUCAUUAAGCUCCUCUGCAUCUUCUUCAUCCUCAUUUCUCUCUUCUCCACUCUGGUGGUCUCCGAAUCAUUGGAAUGCGAGGAUGAGUCUAAAGACAAGUGCAACAACAAGCAGAAGGCCUUGCCCCUGAAAGUCAUUGCCAUUUUUUCGAUUUUGAUCACUAGCAUGAUUGGAGUGUCAUUGCCUCUUCUUACACGUUCGAUUCCUGCUCUGAGUCCAGACAGAAGCCUGUUUGUCAUAGUUAAGGCCUUUGCAGCAGGGAUUAUUCUAGGAACAGGGUUCAUGCAUGUUUUGCCUGAUUCAUUCGACAUGUUGAGAUCGAGCUGCCUGUCUGAGGAUCCGUGGCAUAAGUUUCCAUUCAGUGGAUUUCUUGCAAUGCUGUCUGCUAUAGUAACUCUUAUGGUGGACUCACUAGCAACUAGCUUUUAUGUUGGGAAGAAUAGUGCGGGGAUCAAACCUGAAACUCAAAUUGAGGCCGGUGAUCAGGAAAUGGCAGCAACCAGUGGCCACUUUCAUGCACACCAUCACGGCCACCUUCCUCAGCCUAAAGAGGGAGUUGAAAAUUCACAGCUUCUGCGGUAUCGGGUGGUUGCUAUGGUACUGGAGUUAGGAAUAGUGGUACAUUCUGUGGUAAUAGGGCUUUCAUUAGGAGCCUCAAAUAACACAUGCACAAUAAAGCCACUUGUGGCUGCACUCUGCUUCCAUCAAAUGUUUGAAGGAAUGGGCCUUGGUGGUUGCAUCCUUCAGGCCGAAUACAAGCUUGUGAAGAAGAUGGUGAUGGUAUUCUUCUUCUCAAUAACAACUCCUUUAGGAAUAGCCAUAGGACUAGCAAUGUCUACCUCAUACAAAGAAAAUAGCCCGAGUGCACUGAUCACCGUGGGACUACUGAACGCGUCAUCAGCCGGGCUUUUGAUAUACAUGGCACUGGUAGAUUUGCUUGCAGCAGACUUCAUGGGGCCAAAGUUGCAAAGGAGCAUCAAGCUCCAGCUUAAAGCCUAUGUUGCAGUUUUUCUGGGAGCUGGUGGCAUGUCUCUUAUGGCCAAAUGGGCUUAAUUGUCUACAUGAAGUUCAUCAACUUAUGUUUCAACAUUAAGAAUAGUUGAUGUAAUGUUUGCUUUCUGCGUUCCAUCUGUGUUUAUUUCUGCACUCGAAUAUUACUGUGUUUCUUGUUAUGCCAGAAUGUACCAAAUAACAGCUAAUAUAUUGUACAUCACAGAA